UUCCAUAGUGAAUACCUAGUCAGUGUUGAUUCGACACUCGAAGCGGUGGUACCAUCGCUUUGAUUUUUUUUUUAAUAACUCGUGUAAAGUUUUGUGCACCGCAAACUUUUGGAAUUGUUGCCAAAGUGAGAUCUUGGGAUUCGCAUCACACGCAACAAGAAACAUUUGAUAAACAAUGGCCACAUCAGUGCUUCAACCGGCGGAAUGCAGACGCGACCCGAAGCUUGAUAUUGCUGAUUCGCCGCGACUUACUGAAGAUGAACGUCUUGCCAUUUUGGAAGCUAAAGAGAGGGAGACGGGAGAGUUGCCUCCAGAACUCAGGGAGAGAGCUAGGCUAGAAAUACGGGAAGAGCCUAGUUUGCGGGAAGAAGCUCUUGCUCAGAUGAGGCAUUUUAUUGAAAAGCAUCCUGCUAUUAGGAAGUGUAGGACUGAUGCGCCAUUCCUUCUCCGGUUUCUACGCACAAAGAAGUACUCAAUCCCACAAGCAUGUGCGAUGCUCGAACGUUAUUUGACUAUUCGUCAAAUGUAUCCCCAAUGGUUCCAAAAACUGGACCCGUUGGACCCUAAAAUAGCAGCUAUUGUUGACGCGGGAUACUUGGUGCCAUUGCCUAAAAGAGAUUCUGAGGGUAGAAGAGUUGUUUUGUCGUGUAUGGGACGCUUCGACCCCCACGCCUACGAUAGCACAGUAAUGGCUCGAGUUCACUCCAUGAUGGUCGAACUUCUGUUAGACGAGCCUCGAUCUCAGCUGCUUGGCUAUAUGCACGUGAACGAUGAGGCUGGUAUGCAGAUGCCACAUGUGUCUUUGUGGUCUAUAAGCGACGUGAAGAUCAUGUUGAAUUGUAUACAGAAUUCCACACCAAUGCGUCACAAGCGCACACACUUUGUCAACAUACCGCAUUAUGGGGUUAAAUUCUUCGAGUUUGCCGUUUCCCUAUUAAGCGACAAGUUAAAGGACCGUGUUAUGUUCCACAGAACAGCAGAAGACCUCACCAAACACGUUGAUGCGUCGAUACUGCCAAAGGAAUACGGUGGAACUGUCCCAUUAAAAGAAAUGAUUGAAGAAAUAAAGCGAAAACUUCUUAAACACAGGGAGGACUUACUCGCAUUGGACGAUAUGUAUAUAGAUCUGCAAGCCUUGGGCAAAAAUGACUUAACUCAAAACAUUCAUUCAACCGCUGGUUCAUUCAGAAAACUCGAGUUAGAUUAAGAUUAGGUUAUAUUAUAGCAUACCGGAUAUGUGAUCUGAAAAGAUUUUAGUUUAAAAUAUAAUAGAUUUACGAGAAAAUUGAUAAGAUGCAUAAGCAACAACUGUGAAUUCUUUGUUAGUUAACGUCCAACAAAUAUUAUAAUGCGGUAUUAAAAUAAACGAUCAAUUGAAAUUACAUAUUUGACUCGUCUAAUAAUUUAUAUAGCUGAUUGAAAAAUCAGUAGACUUGCCAAAUUAGAUAGAAUUUGAAGUGAUGAAAACUUGUAUUCAUUGUAUCGUAUAAUAAUUAAGUUAUAAAUAGUACUUUUGAGUUCUUGAGCAGCAUGAGCUCUUUUUAGCUGUUCUUUAAUUUUCCCCAAACAGAUCUCAUUGUUUUCAAAUAACGUUGUAUAAUUUCAGAACAAAAGAUAAAUAUGUCAUUCCAAUAGCUCUUUCCCUAUUAUUCCCAUAAGAAACUCAUAGCCUCUAUCAUUAUAAGAACAUAAUAAUAAUGUAGAUUAUGAUUUGAUUAUUUUAGUAACUAAUGGGGGUAGUGGCAGCCGUCGGUGGAGUCACGUUACCGUUAACUGGUUACGGAAAGUAUCUAGGUGGAAUAACAUCUCAGCAUGUUUAUCAUAAGAGCGCUCUUUCUGCUCAUUGUUUUAUGAAUUUAACAGUGUUGUGUGAUAGCUUUGUAAUUAUAGACAUAGGUUUGGCUUAACAUAAAAUAAAUUUUUUCAUAGAA